CCCAAAUCCCCAGCCCUCGUGCGCCGCCGCCGCCCCCAGCGUUCGAGCCGCCCGCCGCCCGCGAGCUCGCGCUGCGCUGCGACCAUGAAGUUCAACAUCGCGAACCCGACCACCGGGUGCCAGAAGAAGCUCGAGAUCGAUGACGACCAGAAGUUGCGUGCCUUCUUUGACAAAAGGAUCUCCCAAGAGGUCAGUGGUGAUGCUCUUGGCGAGGAAUUCAAGGGCUAUGUCUUUAAGAUCAUGGGUGGUUGUGACAAGCAAGGCUUCCCCAUGAAGCAAGGGGUGUUGACUUCUGGGCGUGUCCGGCUUCUGCUCCACAGGGGCACUCCGUGCUUCCGUGGUUAUGGCAGGCGUGAUGGUGAGCGCAGGAGGAAGUCGGUCCGUGGUUGUAUUGUCAGCCAAGACCUAUCUGUUAUCAACUUGGUGAUUGUCAAGAAGGGUGAGAAUGAUCUGCCUGGCCUGACCGACACUGAGAAGCCCAGGAUGAGGGGACCCAAGAGGGCCUCCAAGAUCAGGAAGCUCUUCAACCUUUCCAAGGAUGAUGAUGUCCGCAAAUAUGUUAACACAUACCGCAGGACAUUUACUACCAAGAAUGGCAAGAAGGUGAGCAAGGCUCCUAAGAUCCAGCGUCUUGUGACUCCCCAGACCCUCCAGAGGAAGCGUGCCAGAAUCGCCGAGAAGAAGAAGAGAAUCGCCAAGAAGAAGUCUGAGGCCGCGGAGUACCAGAAGCUGCUCGCCCAGAGGCUGAAGGAGCAGAGGGAGCGCCGUAGCGAGAGCUUGGCGAAGAGGAGGUCUAAGCUUUCUGCCGCUGUCAAGGCUUCCGCCGCAACCUCCGCCUAAGAAAUGUUUAGAUGCUUCGGCUGUUUUAAGGUCCCAUACCUAAGUUAUAGCUGAAGAACCCCAUGCACUGUGUUUGAUCCGAACUUCUAGUUUUUAGCUUCCUUGUGAAAUUGGUGCAAUUUUGCAUGAACAUAUGGCUUAUCGAUUUUUUCGAGUACCAGAGAUUUACUGUGUUGGUUUCUUUUUGUUUCCCUUUCCCAAUCCGGGAACCACGGAGCCCGGAUUUCAUCACCGGUGUUCUGAACCAUGAGCAUCUGAAUGCCUAGUAAAAUAAAAUUAUGUGAGAUAGGACUUUUUGUUUUUC